GUCGUCGCCUCUCGUUCACUCUCUUAGACUUUUACCAUCACCCACCACAAAAGAGCACUGGACACUAUGAGCUCCUCCGCCGCCGCUGCUCCCCCCGUGGACCACACCCAGCUCUUUGACCGCAUCGCCGCUGCGGCCAAGAACUACCCCAAGCCCGCCGAUGUCAAGUUUGGCUAUGGCACCGCCGGCUUUCGCACGUUGGGCAAGCGCCUGCCCUCGGUGAUCUUCAGCGUGGGCCUGCUCGCCGUGCUCCGUUCGCAGAGAUUCCACGGCAAGGCCAUCGGCGUCAUGGUCACGGCGUCGCACAACCCUGAGGCUGACAAUGGCGUCAAGCUCGUUGACCCCGCGGGCGAGAUGCUGGAGCAGUCGUGGGAGGCGUACGCCACUACACUGGCCAACUGCGCUUCGCCUGCUGAGCUCGUUGAGGCCUACAAGCAGCUCGCUCAGCAGCUGCACAUCAACAUUGGUGCUCCUGCUUCGGUUGUUUACGCUGCCGACACUCGCCCUUCGAGCCCCGAGCUCAUUAAGGCCCUCGAGGCCGCGCUGGCGGCCUUUGGCGACCACGUCAAGACCAACAACAUUGGCGUCACCACCACCCCCAUCCUCCACUAUGUCGUCAAGGCGACCAACGACACGACUGGCGAGUACGGUGAGCCCACUAUCGAGGGUUACCAGAAGAAGACGGCCGCUGCGUUCAAGACUCUGAUUGUGAGUACCUCACCGGGUACGACGGACCUAACGGAGCAGGGAAACAGAGGCCCCCUCAAGCCCCUCCCCGUCGACUGCGCCAACGGUGUUGGUGCUCUCUCGCUUGCCGACUUUGCCAAGCACAUUGGCGACCUGCUUCCUUUCAAGCCGCUCAACACCCAGCUCAACAAGGAGGGCGUGCUCAACUACCAGUGCGGUGCCGACUACGUCAAGACCAAGCAGCAGCUUCCUCCUUCGGUUGCCGAGUCUGGCCUCCUGAACCACCCCGACAACCGUGGUGCUAGCUUUGACGGCGACGCCGACCGCCUGAUCUACUACUACCUCAAGGGUGGCAAGUCGUUCCGUCUGCUCGACGGCGACAAGAUUGCCGUUCUCGCGGCCCUCUUCAUCGGCGACCUCGUCACCCGCGCCAAGCUCACCGACAAGAUCCAGGUUGGCGUCGUCCAGACCGCUUAUGCCAACGGCAGCUCGACCAAGUUCAUCAAGAGCCGCAACAUCCCUGUCACUUGCACUGCCACCGGUGUCAAGCACCUCCACCACGCCGCGCUCAACUACGACAUUGGUGUCUACUUCGAGGCCAAUGGCCACGGCACUGUUCUGUUCUCGGACGACACUAUUGCGACGCUGAAGAAGACCGAGCCCGAGAGCCCCGACCAGGACCGUGCUAUCAAGCAUCUCAUUGCCCUCUCCGAGCUCAUCAACCAGGCCGUGGGUGAUGCGCUUUCGGACAUGCUUCUCGUCGAGGUUGUUCUCGCGCACAGGGGCUGGAGCGCCGAGGAGUGGGACGCCGGCUACGAGGACCUCCCCAACCGUCUCGUCAAGGUCGAGGUUCCCGACCGUCACAUCUUCCACACCACCGACGCCGAGCGCAAGCUCACGUCGCCUGUCGGCCUCCAGGCGCGCAUUGACGAGGCUGUCCUCAAGGUUGAGCAGGGCCGCAGCUUUGUCCGCCCAAGUGGUACCGAGGACUGUGUCCGUGUCUAUGCCGAGGCUGCUACGUCGUCGGCCGUUGACAGCGCGCACCUCCGCGCCGAGCUCGAGUCCUACCUGGCGAAAGUGACGCCGCUCAGUUCGCCGUCGUUUAACCCGCCCGUCGCGAAUGCCAAGGCGGUGAUUGCGCCCAAACGCAUCGUCCUCCUCGGGCCCUCGCACCACGUGCACCUCGCUGGCAUCGCGCUCUCCCCGUUCGCGGCGUACGGCACCCCGCUCGGCGACAUCCCGCUCGACCUCGACGCGAUCGACGAGCUCAGGCGCACCCGCCUCUUCUCGGAGAUGUCGCCCGGCGUCGACGAGGACGAGCACUCGCUCGAGAUGCACCUCCCGUACAUCCGGCACAUCUUCCAAGGACGCGACGACUUCAAGCUGCUGCCCCUGCUGGUCGGCCACCCGCCGUCUGACAAGGCCAAUCGCGACGCUGUGAGCGGUGCCCUCGCCAAGUACUGGGCCGACGACGAGACCUUCUUCGUCAUCAGCAGCGACUUCUGCCACUGGGGCACUAGAUUCUCCCAUACACCAUACUACCCCGCUGCGCCCGAUCCCCCUGUGCCCGUGCCGCCUGUCCCCGCCGGGCCCGGCGUCGCAAACAAUGGCCAGCUCGAGUUUGUCCGCCGCUACGUCUCCCAGACGAAAAAGGACGCGCCCAUCUGGAAGUCGAUCCAGUACAUGGACCACGAGGGCAUGGACCUGCUCCGCGCGCCGGCGCGCAAGGGCGCCGUCGAGGAGUGGGAGGCAUACCUGUCUCGUACCAAGAAUACCAUUUGUGGCCGAAACCCCAUCACCGUGCUCCUCAACCUUGUACAGUACGUCUACGCCGGCCAGCACGCGGCCGACUACGUCCACUUCGUCUUUGUGCGCUACGAGCAGAGCUCGCGGUGUACGAACAUCAGAGACAGCAGCGUCAGCUAUGUCAGUGGCGUGCUGCGUCCCAGCCCCUGAGGCGUGGCACGAGGCAGCCUGGCCGCGAGGUGGCUCGUAUUAGUUUGAAGCCACCUGGGCUCCCCUCUUCUCCUAUAUAUGUUGAUGCAUUGUUUGUUACGGCAGGGUCUACUCGGUGUCGAUGGUCUUGUAGCCCUUGAUCGCAUUGUCGCGGAUCAUGUGCGCGUACUUCUCGGCCAGCUCCUUGCAGUUCUCGUAGUGGUUGACGCCCUCGUACUUGUAGCACUUCUGGAGCUCGCCGCGGACAAUGCGGGCCUCCAUGGCCUUGAUCCAGGACUCGCGGACGUGCUCGUCGCGCGCGGCGAUCUUUUGCCUGUAGGUGUCCAUUGAGGGGUGGUACUCGGGCAUGGUGGCUGUUGUGCUCGUUGCGGCGGGUUGGAGGCUGUCGAGAUGUGCUUGUAGCCAGCCAGUCA